CCCUUUCUGCACUCACUCGUGCGCUUGCUCUCAACAGGUGAAGGUAGCAUUCGUUUUCCUGACUAGCACCCUGCUGCUGUAAUUAAGAUCCUCGGAGUAAGGUCUGGGAGGUGGAUAAAAGGGAGAGAGAGAGAGAGACCACAAGCAUGCCUUGGAUUACACCAAGAAGUAUUCCUUGCUUCCUACUCUUUAUGCUGUAUUCCCAGACCGGGCGAUGCUGUGAGAAAAGAUUUUCAAAGGACAGGUUUGAUGCAGUGAUUCCAUCACAGGUCUCCAAAGGGGAAGCUGUUCUUACAGUGAAAUUUCAUGACUGCCAUUUGGGAAAACGCAUUCAGUUGAGCACCAAUGACGCAAAUUUUGAAAUCCAUUCCAAUGGCUCAUUAUACGCAACCCACACUCUAAACAUUGACGCAACAUAUCACCUCAAAGUGAUUGCAAAGGAUCGAAAAACAAACGAGAGUUGGAAAGCGACUGUCCAUUUGAACCCUUCAGCAAAAGACCUAACAAACAAAGGAAAUGAGGCUAUCAAGAGGAUAUGUCCCACUAUCUAUUUUCCAAAAGCUAACAAGUCGAGGCGCCAGAAGAGAGAGUGGAUCAUCCCACCGUUUGCCAUCAGAGAAAAUCAGUGGCCCAUCAACAAUCCAAUCGCUAUUAUCAGAUCAGAUAAGGAAACCAAUGAGAACAUAUUCUACAGCAUUGAAGGACCAAGCUUGCCAGCCGAUUUAUUUGUAAUUGAUCAUAGAACUGGUGAACUAAAUAUUACAAGAAUGGUGGACCGUGAGAGAAAUCCCUUUUUUGAACUGAUAGGUAAAGCUAAGGAUACUCGGAAUCAAGAAGUUGAGAAACGCCUAACACUUCAUAUUGAAGUUGAGGAUGAGAACGAUAAUGCUCCAGUGUUCACACAACAAGUAUUUCAAGGGGCUGUUGAGGAACUGUCUCCAUUUGAUACCUUUGUGUUAAAACUAAAUGCAACAGAUGCAGAUAUAGGUGAAAAUGCGGAAAUUGCCUACAGAAUUGUAUCGGAGGAAUCCAUCAACCUGUUUUCUGCAAGGUCUAAUGGAGAAAUCAGAACAAUGGGAACAAACUUAGACAGAGAGAUCCAGGAUCUAUAUACCUUAACUGUAGAAGGUCGUGAUUUAAAUGGAAACAGAGAUGGGAAAUCUUCCACAGCAAAAGCGCAGAUCAGGAUCUUGGAUGUUAAUGACAACAUUCCCAUAGCUGAAAAAAUGGAGUAUGAAGUCUCUGUGGAAGAAAAUUCACUGAAUGAUGAGGUCAUCCGCAUCAAAGUAUUUGACAAAGAUCAAGAAUUCACCGAUAACUGGCUGGGGCACUUUGAGAUUAUUGAAGGCAAUGAGAUGGGACACUUUAGGUUCGAAGUGGACGAGCAAACAAAUGAAGGAAUUUUGGUACUUCACAAGGAGCUGGAUUAUGAAGAAUCCCAAAUCAGGAAUCUGAUCCUUCGAAUCUCCAAUAAAGCACAAUAUCAUUCAUCCAUUAUCAGUGGAGGUGGAGGUGGAGGUGGAGGUGGUAUCAGCAAACCAAUCAAGAUAAAAGUCAAUGUAAAAGAUAAGAAAGAAGGAUUUUCAUUUAAACCAACGACAAAGCGAAUCAGUAUUACUGAGGAUAGAACAAAAAUCAAAAUUGGCGAAUCAUUUGGAAAAUAUCCAGCUAUCAGUGCUGAUACUGGGAAAGAAAGUGAAAGAACCAGAUAUGCAAAGAAUACAGAUCUAGCAAACUACUUCAACAUUAACCCUGAAACUGGGGAGAUUACCCUUAACAAACUGCCUGACCGAGAGUCCGAGUACAUUGUUGAUGGAAAAUACACAAUGACUAUAUUGGCCAUAGAUAGUGAUGGUCCUGUUCCCAAAACGGCCACGGGUACCAUCGUUUUUGAUGUGGACGACGAGAACGAUAAUAUUCCCAUCAUUAGCAAUCUGCAGCCCUGCAUGUGCGAGAACGCAAGGUCCUUGACCAUCACGGCCUUCGAUGCAGAUUCCUAUCCAAACGCAGCCCCUUAUAAUUUCAAACUCGUGGAUGAACCAGGCGUCACCAACAAAUGGAAGAUUUUGCGUAGAAAUGAUACGAGUGCGGAGCUUCAGCCACUGAUUGACCUGUGGCCACACACCUUCAAAGUUCCAAUAAAGGUGGAAGAUAAGCAGGGGUCUGGCAAAGUACACAAUGUGGAUGUAAAUGUGAUCGAGUGCACUGACAAUGAUCUGAGCUGCUAUCCAGUCAAAGAACGGCAAACGAGUUCAAAAAAUGCCAGCCUCGGUGCUUCCGCUAUCGGCUUCAUGGUUCUUGGGGCUUUGUUACUACUUUUGGCUCCUCUCCUGUUGCUGUUCUGCAAUUGUGGUCUUGCUGGUGGAGGUCAAGGACUGCCUGGACACUUUAAACAGAUCCCCAUUGAACCUCUGGGAUACCUGGAAAAUAACAACAUUGAAGGUGGCGGCGAGACAGACACGAGUAUCCCCUUACUUCCAGCUGAUGCAUCUGGAGCAGCGGUGAAAUCUAUUUCUGGUGAAGUUGAUGGUUUUAGGGGUAAAUCUUCACAAGUAAACCUUUCAGGAGGAUCAGAGAACAUCCAUUCUGGGGGAAGUUUUGCCCAUAAGACAAUAAAUUCAAUGUCCGGCUAUACUUCUUGUAUGAGGGACAUGUCUAAGCACGUUUUCAAUGGCAACAUGUCCAUAAAAGGUGCUGUGGCAGAGAAUUCCUAUAAAACAGCCAACAAGCGAACACUGUCUGGGAGCAGCUUUAAAGGUUACGUGGAAUCGUACAUGAAUGAGAAAUUGUUUGACUGCUCUGCAGAAGAUCAGGCUUGUCCUGCCCGUGACUGUCUCCUGAUCUAUAAUCAUGAGGGCGAGGGCUCCCCUGUUGGCUCCCUUGGCAGUUGCAGCCUUAUCGGGGAUGAACUCCAGUUUAAAGAUUCCGACUUGGAUGAUUUAGGCCCAAAAUUCAAGACAUUGGCAGAUAUCUGCGUUGGCAAAUUUGAGAGUGAAACCUCAACAAUCAAUGUCGAUCUUCCAGUCCAACAAAACUUUACGAGGACAGAGAGAUCCAUUUCAUCCAGUUCGGGAGGACUUCAAGGCUUGGGCAUAAUUGCUGACCCACCGCUGAUGCAUAAGAAUUACAUCGUGACCACCACAAUAAAUCCUGUGACAGAGGUGUUGCCUGACAUUGCAGAUCCAUCAGUCGCCCACCAAAAUGUUAUAAUGACCAAGCAAGUUAAUGCCAGCGCAGGAGGGAUGCCAGCAAUGAUCAUUGAUCCAUCAAUCACCCACCAAAAUGUUAUAAUGACCAAGCAAGUUAAUGCCAGUGCAGGAGGGAUGCCAGCAAUGAUCAUUGAUCCAUCAGUCGUCCACCAAAACGUUAUGAUGACCAAGCAAGUUCAUGAUGCUGGCACGAUGCAAGGCAUAAACAUGAUGGCAGAUCCAUCAUUCACCCACCAAAAUGUUGUGGUGACCAAGUCGGUUAACGUCAGCUCGGGAGGAACGCAAGGCAUGAUCGUUGAUCCAUCACUUCCCCAAUUGCCUGUUGUCCACAAAAACGUCACACUAAACAGGUCAGUUCAUUCUGGCACAGGAGAGAUGCAAAACAUGAUCAUUGAUUCACCGCUUGACCAGAUACCUGUCAUCCACAAGAAUGUCACUCUCACCAGGCCAGCCCAUGCUGCCGCUGUACCGCUGGUCCAGAGGAGCAGCUCUACUCGCAAAUCUGUCACAUCCACCAAUGAUGUGCAUAAAACAGUAACAAAAGUAACUAAAGUUACGCAGGUAAUGCAAGAAUAGACAGCUCCUUACAUCUGUACAUAUGUGGCCAUGUGAUCAAAUGCAAGUACAAAGAAACAUCUAGGUUUUAAAAUAAGUACAUUUUGAUCAAGAUGUGAACAUAUGGUUGUUAUGUUUUGUGUACAAUUCUAAAACCAGUAGCAUUUUACAGAGGGGACCAAAAGUGCAUUAUGUUUUCUUGGAGUUGAAUAUGCAAAAAAUUAUAUUCUAAGGUCCUGAUAUGUUCAGAUUUGUAACACUCAACAUAUAAACCAAAUAUCCCAUUGGCUUGUAGUUAAUUAUCUUUUUUGAGAAGCUACUGAUGAAACAAGGUGGUGGAGGUAAAAUGGAAUUAUGGAUUCUAUUAAUCUAAAAUAACAGAAAUCGUAAUCAGGCCAUUAAAGAUGAUUAACAUUUAAAGUGGGACCUUGUUAAAGAGCUUGGGGCUGGAUUUUUCAGGGUGUCAGCGUUCCCCAGCUAACAAGUCGGUGGGGUGGGGGGGAUGCCCGCCCAGCAGAAGAAUGGCUGCCCUGGAGCCAUUUAUUGGACGUUAAUUGAUUUGAGGUGGUACUUCUACCUCUCAAGGACAGGAAGUCCUGCCUCGGAGAGGUGCUGGCCAAUCAUAGGCCAGCAGCUAUCAAGUGCCAGCAGCGUCACCUGGAGUGGUGGCCACUGCUGGUACUGCACUCGGGCUUGAGGAGGCUGGCUGUGCUGGAUCGUGACUGUAAGUGUUUGGGGUCUUGCUAGGGUUGAGAGGUCAUUGGGGGGGUGGGGAGGGAGGAGGGGAAGCAAUGUCCUGUGCAGAGAAACCUGUCAGGCUGGCCACUUGGCGUGGGCUUCUCCCACUGCCCAUUAUAUCCCGGCGAUAGUGGCAGGAUGGGGCCCUUAAGUGGGCAUUGCCCACUUAAGAAUCUCAAUUAACUCAUUGGUGGGCACCACCCGACACCACCCCCACCACUAGUAUAAUUGCAGUGGGGGCACUAGCGGGCGGAUAGGCAACAGAUAGGCCACCCACUUGGUUUUACGUGACCCCUGCAUUUAAACCCACCAGCAAAAGAGCAUAAAAUCCAGCCCUUAAAAUUCAUCCAAAAUUAAUAUUUCCCCUAAGCUACGCGUGUGUGUGUGCAUGCAACACACAGCAGUCAUGAAGGUACCGCGCAUGACAUCCACAAGUUGUCCCCUUUAUCAAACUGCUCAUGCUGCCAUGCAAAAUAGCACUACAAUGCACUGAAGCAAACAGGUGAUGAAAUUUGAGAGGAAUCAUUGCCUAAAACUCAUAAAACAUUAUACGCUUCAAUUUGAUUCACAUUCUGUGCAUUUUUGGAAUUUUCUGUUUGUGUUUAAGAUGCGUCAUGUUGUUUUCUGAUUGAUGUUUUACCACUGCCAUUCCCAAAGAGGAUUUAAAAAAAAUAUACAUUGCUUCUUUGUCCUCUCAUAGCAAUACUCCACAAAGCAAGGAAUAAAAGAGUGCAAUGCACAAAUGGUACCCUUAUUCACACCAUUGCUUUAUUUUCCCAUAUCUAGGUGUUCUUUCCACUGUUUGGAAAGUAAUGGAAUUAAAAGGAAUAAUCACUUUGAAUAUAUUAUAAAACAAUUUUCCAGAUAGCUACAGUAUAACUAUCCCUUCUAAAUUAAAUGAUAUUAUGUGGCUCAAACCUUUAAGUUACCACUAGAUAGUAUUUAAAAUUAACUGUACGAACAUAGGAACAAGGAGCAGGAGUAGGCCAUUCAGCCCCUCGAGCUUUCUUUGCCAUUCAAUAAGAUCAUGGUUGAUCUGAUAAUAACCUUAAGUCUUCAUUCUGCCUGCUCCCAAUAACCUAUCACUCCCACCCCCUCCCUUGCUUACCAAGAAUCUAUCCACCUCUGUCUAAAAAAUAUUCAAAGACUCUGCUUCCACCACCUUUUCAGGAAGAGAGUUCCAAAAAUUCCACGACUCUGAGGGAAAAAAAUUUCACCUCAUCUCUGUUUUAAAUAAGCGACCCGUUAUUUUUACACAGUUACCCCUAGUUCUAGAUUCUCCCACAAGAGGAAACACCCUUUCCAUAUCUACCCCAUCAAGACCCCUCAGGAUCUUAUAUAUGUUUCAAUCAAGUUGCCUCUUACUCUUCUAAAUUCCAGCAGAUACA